AUGUUCUCGACCAACUUGAUCUUAGCCGGCAUUCUCGCCGCAGGUCUUGCAUCCGCCGAUGUCCCGCUCUUCGCGCAUCACGAUGCCACCUACUCGUUGGCAGGACCUGUCGGAGUCUCCAGCACUCGUAACUUGAGAGCCAUGCCUAAACCGACCGCAGUGGAUGGAACGACCUGGUCACCGCACACUUAUGAGGCGGAGCCUCACGUCAAGCCGACACCGACGUACCAGGCGAAGCCUCACGUUAUGUCGACACCGACGUACCAGACGGAGCCGACUUACCAGAUGAUGCCUAACUUCGACACCGCCGGGUCCCCGUCGCCCGCUUCACAGUGCAACAAUAUCGGUGGCGAUGGCGGUGCCCCAGUUGAGAACGGUGCCCAGUUGCUGGAUCUUGAUGUGAUCGUGUCCAUAGGCGCGGACAGCGUCCGAGCGUGUUGCAACGCGUGUGCGAACACCAAUCUAUGCAUUGCGUUCAACUUCCAACCACUCCUGGUAACCAAUGUGUGCGUGCUGGCACGCUCGAGAGACGGCAUAGUCGGGGGUCAGCCGGGUAGCCCCGUCGCAUCAAAUGGUCUUUUGAACUUGGAUGCUAUUGUGAAUCUGUGA